AUGAAGUUUUGGUGACAAUCUUAGAUUGAUGCCCAGAGGUUAUUGCCCCACAGAUUAGAUAAAAUAACUUACUCUGAUCCAUCUCAUCAAAAUUAGUGUAAGUGUGGGAGAAGCAGAGAUCCUCAUCACGUUGAAGAAGUAUUGAGAUGAGCACUUGCGAUGCCAAGAAAGGUUCAACACUGGGCACCGAUUUCCAAAAAAAAGAGAAGCUGAAACGCUAUGUUGAAGAGUAAAGCCAACAAAGAGAAUGAUGCCAUUAACCUCAUUUCACCCAGUGAAUUGAAGAAUGAGUACUAUGGCAGCUUGGAAAAUGAGGAGGAUGACACCUUCGUGGCAAUGCAGGAGGUCAAUGAUGGAUUCAUAGAGUUCACAGCAGACCCACAGGAAGAAGAAAAAAUUAACUUUUUCAGUGAUGGGAAGACCAGAAUCGAUUUUGUCCUUGUGUGGGAAGAGGAGCUACGGAAGCUGCCUGAGAGCGUGACAGCUGAAAAUGUGGACGGUGCUAGUGAAACUCACCAGGAAGCGAAAGUAACCGCAAAACUAGCCCAGGAGACGAGAUGGAGAAAUAAAUUUCUAGAUAACCUUGGGAGGAAUGGCCUGCUCAUGGAAAUGCAUGAGACACAGAAUGAGAAGCACCGAAUCCAUUACAUUUUGCUGAGCGUUCCAUGGAAGAUGCUGUGCCUUUAUGCUGAGGACAUGAAGCUACGCGUUCCACUGCAGGCCUCUGUAAACUCUCACUCCAACUGGUCAGAGGACUUGCUCUCGAAGCUGGGGAUCCACAACAUCAUGUCGGAAGCCUUUCCGAGCACCCCUCUGGAGUAUUACACCUGCCCGUUCCGACGCUCCAAAUUAGAAAGGUACUUAAAUAAUAAGAACAAGGAGGACUUCUUCACCAACACACAGAGGCAUCAGAUCGUUUAUGAAAUAUUAGCAAGGACUAAGUACGGGCUUCAACGAAAGGCACAGAUUGGCAUCAAUGGCCUGUUGACCGCAAACGUGUUUACAGCAGCCUUUCCCCUCCACGAUGGUCCAUACCAGACUCGGGGUGAACAGGAUGAACAGCUCAGCCGUAGGCAGGUACUUUAUGAGCAUUGGGCUCGCUGGGGCAAGUGGUACAAGUACCAACCUAUGGACCAUAUCCGGAAUUAUUUUGGAGAGAAGAUUGCAUUUUACUUCGCGUGGAUAGGAUUUUACACAGGGUGGCUGUUACCAGCAGCAAUUGUGGGAACUGUGGUCUUCAUUGUUGGAAUUAACCUGAUGCUGAGUGACAUUCCUGCAAAGGAAAUCUGCGAACAAGGAAAUAAUUACAGUAUGUGCCCGCUCUGUACAAAGUGUAAAACUUGGAAACUCUCCAGUAUCUGCUCGCUCUUCAAGGUGAGCCAGCUCUUUGACAAUGGGGGAACGGUGUUCUUUAGUAUCUUCAUGUCGCUCUGGGCGGUGAGCUUCCUUGAGUACUGGAAGAGAAAGCGUGCGAUCAUGGCCCACAGGUGGGACUGCUUGGACUUUGAGGAAACUGAGGAACGCCCUCGGCCCGAGUUCACGGUUGUAGCUCCCAUGACGACGAGGAAUCCAAUCACGGGGUCAGAGGAGCCAUACUUCCCAGAGAAGGACAGGCUGAAGCGAAUGAUCACCAGUUCCAUGGUGAUCCUGCUCCUGGCUGCAGUGGUUGUCAUUUUCCUGAUUUCUGUCAUACUGUACCGCACCAUCAUGAAAAUCUUAAUUUAUGAGACAGGAAAUAGCAUCGUUUUGGCAACUGCAUCAAGAAUUGCCAGUAUAACAGGAUCUGUGGUUAACCUACUGGUCAUCCUCCUGUUGGCCCGAGUGUAUACGUCACUGGCUCAUCUCCUCACGAGAUGGGAAAUGCACAGGACCCAGUCCAAGUAUGAAGAUGCCUUUACCUUCAAGGUGUUUGUUUUCCAGUUCAUCAACUUCUAUUCCUCGCCAAUUUACAUUGCUUUCUUCAAAGGCCGGUUUGUUGGUUAUCCUGAACACUAUGGCUCGCUGCUUGGAGUCAGAAACGAGUCUUGUGGUGCUGGUGGCUGCCUGAUUGAAUUAGCUCAGGAACUGUUAGUCAUCAUGGUUGGGAAGCAAAUCAUCAACAAUACACAGGAAUUUGUCAUCCCGAAGUUGAAAUAUUGGUGGCAGAAACGGAAACUGAAGGGCACGGCCAAAGAGAAGUCCAUUCCAAUUCAAAAUCCAUGGGAGAGGGAUUAUGAACAAUUGGUCUAUGAAGGGCUCUUUGAUGAGUAUCUUGAGAUGGUCCUGCAGUUCGGAUUCAUCACCAUCUUUGUCGCUGCAUGCCCAUUGGCUCCUUUGUUUGCCCUUCUCAAUAAUUGGGUAGAAAUCCGCUUGGAUGCCAACAAGUUUGUGUGUGAGUACAGGCGGCCAAUUGUGGAGAGAGCUCAGGAGAUCGGGAUCUGGUUCAACAUUCUGGAAACCAUCACCAUGUUUGCUAUAUUAAGUAACGCAUUUUUGAUUGCGUUCACCUCAGACUUUCUGCCUCGUCAAUAUUACCAGUAUAUGCACCAGAAUAAUCUGACUGGAUACACCAACUUCACCUUGGCACAUUCAACCAGCACAUCCUUCAACCAGCAGAGCAAUAUCACAUGCAGGUACAGAGAUUUCAGGGAUCCCAGUGGCGAGUUUAGUCUGACAUACUGGAAACUAUUGGCAAUUCGUCUGGCGUUUGUCUUUGUGUUUGAGCAUGUGGUAUUCUUCAUUGUGCGGCUGAUUGACUUGCUGGUCCCAGACAUCCCUGAAUCUGUGGAAAUUAAAGUGAAGAGGGAGCGCUACUUGGCAAAGCAAGCUCUGGCUGAGAACCAGGUUUUUCUGGAACAGUCAGAAAGCUCCAAUGGAUUUGUCAGCCCGAGACUAUCAGAUACCAGAGCAGCUGUAGACAAGCACGAUCUGCCUGCAAUCCCAGAAGAUGCACCAGUUUAGCCUGGACACCUCACUCACCAGUUGUACUGUAACAAUGCGAAUCCAAUCUGAAACUGAUCAGAAAAACCCACUCAGCUCGCUCAAAAAAGACGUAAAUGGUUGAAAUCCAGGGCAGGGAUAUUUUAAACCCUGCCCCCAAUGCCAAUACUGUCACCGGUUUGUGGGAGGGUCUGGAAAUGAGCCUCAAUAUGUCAAAGGGGUCAAGGGUUAUGCAGGGUGGGGGUGGAUAGGAGAGGGGAGAUCUUAUCAAGGAGUAGAGUGGACUGAUGGACAGAAUGGCCUCCCCAGGUCCCAUUUCUUAUGGAACCUGACACCCCAACCAAAUAUUCACCUACUCCUGUUUUAAACACUGUGGAUUUUUGGUGGGUCUACAAUCAGAAUGGUUAAGUGAGGCUCUCCAUUCCAGAUCUUCUGGCAGUGAUUUGAGUUGAACACCCUCGUGCACCGUUUCCUGGCAUUCCCAGGAAAGGCGGUGACUGAAGUAAACUGGCAGCAGGCCGAUCCUGUGGGUCACUGCUUGUUUCUAGCAUUGCUUGUGGGUCAAGGGAAGCCAGUACGAACCUUUUUUUUUAAUUUCAAAAAUAUACUUUAUUCAUAAAAUACUUUGACGAUCUAUACAACUGGACACGCCAUACAUAUGUAAACAUUCCAUUUCCUUGCAUACCGAAACAGAGUAAUCAUUCCUAUUUACAGGUCUGUACGAUUACAUUUUUAGCUGAGGCGUCAGCAGAGCCGUACAAACAUUCAGCUCUGAUCCCUCCCUCGCUCCCACCGAUUGCUGCUCAUUCCGGAUUGCCGGGGGCCAAUUCUUCCACAGCUCACCUUCUGAUCUCCCUGUCUGUCACCUAUCAAGGAAAAGAAGGAACGAGAGUAAACUAUAGCAGAGGUCCUGUCAGCUUCUAUUUUCCCAGUAGUUUCGAGCUUCCCCCACCUACCUCAAACAUGCUCCCCCCAUUGCCUCCCCGUAAGUAUUGACUUGGAAAGUUCAUUUGGAUAAGACUUAUGAGUGGUUAAUGGGUAUUUGCAGAAAUUCUGUUUCCCUAAUCCCUCCCUCUCUCGAGGAAGCCAAAGUUCACAGGAGUCCUGUUCCAUCCCAGUGGCAGCUCUGCAACGUGUGAGCCUGAUCACUGAGUUCUGGCCGGCUAUUCAACUACAGGAAGCACAAUGUCAUCCGUGUCCGUAAUUCUCACAACAGUUACACCGUCCCUUGGAUGGUGACCAGGAACCUUCAGAGAUUGCUCUGUUUCUAGCUUGGCAAAGUGGUAGAGUCUACCAGUUGGCCACGCUGAGAUCAGAACGCUGACAUUACCUCAGUGAAUGUCCAUGGAAAAUCACUGGACCAUUGAGAUCGACAGAAAGUGACAAUGAUGAGCCACAGUAGUCAUUUCUCGAGACAUGAGUCAAAAAGUGUGGCACUGGCAAAGCACAGCAAGUCAGGCAGCAUCUGAGGAGCC